AUGUCGUCCGUCCGCACUUUAAGGUCUGCGAUGACUGGAGUCGGCAACGCCCUUCCGGACCCCGAUUGUCUGGAUCUCUCCGCCGCGACACGACAGCUAUUUGCAGACUAUUGGGGAGUGCAUAUUAGUUGGCUGAACCUAAACCCGUAUGCGCUACCACCGGCUCGCAAUGAGCGCCCAGUGAUGCAAUUCUCCCCGGCCGAGCGCCGAAACGAUAUCGGCACAAUCCCCUACACCUUUGAUAAUCCUAAUCCCGCCCUUCCAUACCGCGCUGGCUAUAGGCAUGACCUUAGCCUAAUCAUAGAUAAUAACCUGCCUACACUUGUCAGCCCACCUGGCUAUCCAGUCGUGUCGGAAUGGGCAUCCUACUCUGCUUCGCAGUCCGGAUGA